AUGUCCGUUUCUCAACACCGGAUCCCAGUGGUUUCGGAGAGUUUAGUCGGUGACAAAAGUAAUAAGACCACCACCAAUAACAACACCGAAAAUAAUACCAACAAUAAUACCAACAACAACAGCAAGCAAGAAUCCAUAGUCACCAGCCCUUCUCAGUUGAACUCUUUGUUGAAUCCUUCUAAGUCGUCGACAGCUUUAAGCAGAAUGGACCAGCAGCAGAAGUCGGCCCCUCCUGGCUCGAACAUCUCGGACAAACAUUUACAAUCUUCUAAGGUGCAUACUUCGGAAGCCACCAAUGUUAGAAAUGGAGAAGGUGUCGCUGCAGACGAUGAGGAGGAAGACGAAGAAGAAGAUGAGUAUUCAGGGAAACCCAACCAAACGCAUAGUGAUAGCGAAUCCAUGAAGAUUGAUGGGAAUGUUGGAAUAAGGUCUAAUCAGAAGACACCUAGGAAGCGAUCAAAAGUUUCUAGAGCCUGUGAUGAAUGUAGAAGGAAAAAAGUUCGGUGUAAUGCCAUUCUUGAUCCAAAUACAAGCGAAAUACAGAAAAUUUGUACCAAUUGUGAAAAGAGUAACGACAAGUGUACAUUUACUAGGGUGCCUCUGAAAAGAGGCCCUAAUAAGGGAUACAACAAGAAAAACAUAAACACAUCAUCUCCAAACAGGGAUCCACGCUCGAGGUCUAACUCUAACCCGAACCCCAACUCUAUUCCAAACCCGAACCCAAAAUCUAUAAAGAAAAGUGGCAGUAUUAGUGGUGAAACAAACAAACCUUUGUCUUACCUUCCGAUUAGCAAUGAACAAAAUCCAUCAAGACAACACUUUAUCUUACCCCCUCUAAAUUCGAUUCCAUUUAGGAACCCUGUUGAACAGAAUAAUCAGCGUCCAUAUCCUUCUUCGCAUCCACAUCCACAUCCACAUCCACAUCCACAACAGCACCAGCAACAGCAACAGCAACAACCGUUAUCACCAUCUCCACAGGCUGAACUAUAUCCAACUCAGCAACAGAUAGAGUUACGACAACACCCACAACAGCACUCACCACAACAAAACGCUGUUUCUUCCAAUCAGCAAGGAAUCUUUUGGAAGGUGCCGGUGGAAAUGCCUUCAUUUUCACCCGAGGCAAUCAAUUCUAGAAGAAGGAGAGGCUCGGUAGAGUCAAUAAGUUCUUUGUCAUCUUCGGGCUCGAAUAAAAGGCUAAUGACAGGCAAAGGUAGUUUCAGCAGUAAUACAAAAUCAGGAUUUGGAGUUGAAGCAUCUGAUUCUGAAGAUGAGUUUUUCUCAAAUAAUUUGAACAGGUUGUCAAGAUCAAAUUUCCAGGUGCCGUUCAAAUUGCAACAUUCCAGAAGGGGUUCUGUCGACACCAAUAACGAAUCAAAUAGGUCAAGUCUUUCUUCUAUUGGGUCUCUUAAUUUAUCACAAUCACAGCUGCAAGCGCAACCGCAAUCACCUAUAAUGCCAAUGUCUGGCGUGGUUUUGCCACCGCAGGUCAAUGAUGUAAGGGAAAGGAUUUUCACUUUAUUGGAUUCUUAUUAUAAAACCCUAUACCCCCAAUACCCUUUAGUUCCCCCAUCAAUGGUCAUGAAGAAUUCAAUCCAGUCGAUAAUUGGGGGUUCUGAGUUUUCCACCGUUAUUGAUAUUUUACAUUUAUCGUUACAAUCCGUGCUAACUUUAACCAAUUCACCAGAGGGGUUACUUCAUAUAACAAGAGCCUACGAGAUAGCCAUAUCGAUUUUUGUCUCCAAAUCGGCGAUAUACUCAUCAACUUCUGCAAAGAUUGUUUUAACAUCAUCACUAACAUUACUGAAUUAUGCGAUUGUUUUAUCGGGUUAUGAGUAUUCUCUCGGGUUUGGUGUUGCCUUCUCCUUUAUGAAAGAUUGGUUUGUUUUCCGUGAAGGAUAUGACAGUCCAAGUUUUGUGCAACUGAUUCAGUUAGUCGUAUUAGAUUCAUUAUAUUCACUUUAUUUCGGAGUACCAAGGAGUAAUACAGUUUGCUUUGCAAUUGACGGUAAUUUUAUCGAAAGUUUUUUCAAAGAGGUUGAAUUUCCAAUGGAUGUUGAUAUAGAAUGGGUCUCAAUCGGAUUACACUUGGUUGUACUAAAUAAUAAGUUACAGGAAAUGGAUACACUGGGUAAGUUGGAUUCAAUUGAAGUCACAGGAACUAGAUACAAAUUCAUGGCUAUAAUAAAAUUAUAUUAUGAGCUAUUCACAUACUGUCAAAGGCUAAAUGUUCAGCAGGUGAUUAACGAAUAUAAUUCAGUUAUUGAUAACUCAACAGAGUUUAGUAGCAUUACCGAGGUAUUGGAGAAGUACAUUUACAAUGUCGAACUAGACAUCUCCAAAAUUACCAAGAAACUGACAAACUUGAUUGAUGAGCAGUGUGAUGAUUUAGAGAUAACGAAACCGAAUGUUUUAAUUUCGUUGAUAUUGGUCAAAUGCUAUCACAUUUCUACGAAUUGCGAAGUUUUAGUUAACUCGUUGCUAACUUUGAACCAAAUGUUGGAUUUGUCCAAUAAUACAAACAGCGGACUAAAUAAAAACACGAUAUCCAAUAACCAAACUCCGUCCUCGACCAACGAGUCAACCAGUACUAGAAGUAGAAGUAGCAGUAUCAAUAGUGUCAAUGUGAUAAGGAGCGGAUCGGCAUCAACACAAGUGUAUUCGUUAACCGACUACAAUCAUCGAUUGUUGAAAUUAAGGGAUAGUAUCAGGGGAAACAUACGGCGAUGUCUGGCAAUCAAUCAAACACACAGGCACUGUAUUGAAAUUAUGAGUCAAUUAGAGAGAUCUCCUAAACCCGAUAUCAACGUUCCUAGAACUAAUAGCAAUUCUGAGAUCAAGUAUUCUGUGGUUAUUCAAAGUUGGAUAAGAUUAGUUAAUGUGUUUUUGACCAGCGAAAUCACCAAAGAAGGCAUCAAUGGGUGGUGUUAUGCUUGA